ACUUAUGGGCAAUACAGGAAAUUUAGUCUUUCUCACCUCAGGACAGUGAAGCUGAAGGCAGAAGGGUUUGAAAACAAGAUUUGCCCAUUUGAAAAGCGAUACCAAAGUACAGCGCUCUUGUGAAGUAAUUUCCACGUUAUGCAAUAUUCUGUAAACAGGUGGGAAACUGUGAGAUAGACACCACAGAAGAAGAUAUAUGAGUGAAGGGCUUCAUGUUGCAUUACAGAAUGGAUGGCUGUGUUAUUUCACCUUUGUCAGAAGAAUUAAUUCCGUAUGAUCCAGACACUCGGCCAAUAUAUGACUUCUACCCGUAUCUCAGUACUGACCCUCAGACUCAUCCUGUUUAUUCUCCCUUGAUGUUGGUCAUGCAAGAAAGUGGAUGGGACUACACAGGCAUUCAUGGCCAUCACAGUGAAUUUGAGCCGCCUCAAGGAAACCAUUUCACUGAGCUGCAUCCCAGCACAUACCGCUACGGAGACGUGGAGUCCUUCCAUCCAGCCGUAGAUUCAGGGAUGGGGACACUUUUACCUGUCGUUCCUCCACAGUAUACUUUUGUCCCCCAUACACUGUGCCAGCGGUCCCCUGUCCCCCACUGCAGUACUGAUGAUGAGGACCCCGGGGGACGCAGUCCACCCUUUGAGGUAUCCGAGGGUGAGGACGACAACGACAGACAUCCAGGCAUCUCCAGCACUCUAUCAGGAAACAAACGGAAAGUGCGUCUCUAUCAGUUCCUCCUGGACCUCCUGCAGGACGGAGACAUGCGGGACUGCAUCUGGUGGGUGGACCGAGAGCGAGGCAUCUUUCAGUUCUCCUCCAAACACAAGGAGACACUCGCCGGCCGCUGGGGCCAGCAGAAGGGCAACCGCAAGAAAAUGACCUACCAGAAGAUGGCCAGGGCCCUGCGCAACUACGGCAAGACCGGCGAGGUCAAAAAGGUCAAGAAGAAGCUCACGUACCAGUUCAGCAGCGAGGUGCUGAGGAGGAUGACUACGGACAGGAGGCAGUAUCAUCACUGAAACUCUGGACACAAAACAUUUCCUUUAGAUCCAGUGUCUCUUACCUACAAUAUUCUCAGAUUCUCUCCUCUGCCAUUGUUCUGCAGCAAAACAUGUAAUCUCAGGGAUAUGUAAUAUGUAUAGGUAAUAUAGGGGUAUAAAAUAUUUGAGUAGCUGACAAAUGGACAUGGACAAUAGACAUUUUUAAGGUCAAAGUGUAUGUAUUUUUAAAAGAGUACAUGCUUUCAUGUUUUGAUGCUGUAACUGGUUUGUUUUCCCCCCACUUUUAAAUUGUCUUGAUUUCACUAUUGUUACAUUUCAAUUGUCCAGUGGUGUGACAAAUGCAUUUGAAAAGGUAUAUUUCAUGUAGUCUCUUAGUUAAUAUGGUUAUGAAAACUGCAUGCACAAUUAUACUACAAU